AUGAACGAUGAAAUGGGUGCAAAAGGAAAUUUGCAUGUUGGAAAAUUACGAAACAUAAAGGGUGAAUAUGGAAAUGAAAAUAAUGGAUAUAAUUCAUAUGACCCAUUAGAUGAAAACCCCCAAGCUAGAGAAAAUGAUGAUGCAGAAACAAAUGAUUCUAUGUCUAGACAAUCCGUAAAUGAUUAUGAUUGCAUAGACAAUCCAAAUAAUGAUAUAUAUAUAAAACAAGGAAAAAUUAGAGGCCGAGAAAAUGCAUCAAAAAAUGAUGAAGAAAACUUUAAUUCAGCUAUUAAUAAUUCAAAAAUUAAAGUAUUUAAUAUGAACUAUAAAAAUAACUAUAAUAAGCAAUACGAUGAAUCAUAUAUUGCAUGUAACAAUACAAAGAAUAAAAUGUAUGAUGAUGAUGGUGAUGAAUAUGAUGACGAUAAUGAUGAUAGUAGAAAAAUAAAUACAAAAAGAGGUAGCAUAAAUCAAGAAAAUUAUGAAGGGAUAAAUAGGAGGAAUGGAAAUAAAAUUCGAAUCAUUAAUAGGGAAGAAAAAAAUGAAAAUAAUCAAAACUAUUAUGAUGAAUAUUCAGAACAAUAUGACAAUGAUAUUGGUUAUGAAAUGAACCAAAAAAAUAAUUCGGCAAAAAAUAAUAUUUCACAAUAUAGAAAUAGCAUAGACUUACCAAAAACUGGAAGAAACAAAAAAAAAAAAACUAAUGAUAAUAUAUAUUAUUACGACGAGGUAAAUACAGAUAUGUUUAAUUUAAAAAAAAAUACAAACAUUGAUAAAUUAACAAAAAAACAAUUAAUAGCAUAUAUAAAAAGUAAUUCACGAGAAGACGGUGAUGAAAUUAGUAAUAAUAUGAUGCAAUAUGAUGAAAAAAAUGAAAUGAAUAAAAAUUAUAUUGAAGGAUUACGAGAAAAUUGUGUAAACGAUGAACAUAAUUAUUCGGAUGAUUUAUAUUUACCUAAUAAAAAUUAUUCUUAUAAAAAUAAUGGAAAUAAUAGAAUUAAUGGGAAAGCUAUAAAUGUACGAGAACGAAAAAAAAGAAAUCGAGCUUCUAAAUUUUCUCCUACAAAUAAUGACAAUGAGUAUAAUGGGCAUGAUAGAGUAGAUGACGAUGGUCAAUAUCAAAACGAUAACCUUCCUAGUGAUAAUGAUGAAGAUAUGCACACUAAUAUAUAUGAUAGUAAUAAAUUUGUAAAAAUGCACAACAAUAUAAAUCGUGGGGAAGAAUUAAAUGAUAUAGACAAUAUACAUACAGGUAAAGUCAAAAGCGAAAUUAUAAAUAAAGAUUUAAAAGGGUAUGAAUCUGGUGAUAUUUGUAAUAGUAAUAAUACAAAAUUUCAUGAAUUAAUAAAAAAUGAUAAAAAAAGAAAAGAAUAUAUGUCUGAAAUGAAAAAUAAAGACAAUGUUUUAAAUAGCAAUAAUGAAAAUUACUUUAAAUUACAUUCAAAUUUACCAAGUAAUUUAUUAAGUACUAGUACAAGUAGUGGGUAUAGCAAUGAUAAUGUAAAAACAAAUACUCAAAAUUAUAGUAUAAAUGAAUUAUCUUCAAAUGCAUUUACUAAUAAAUUUUAUGGUGAUGAAACAUUACCAAGUAAUUUGAAUAUGAAUGAUGAAUUGGCUAAAACACACACAAGUUUUAAUUCUACUCCAUUUGAUAAAAAAAAAAGAGGAAAAAGCGAAGGCAAAAAAUUUGGAAUAAAUUCAUAUAAUAACACAUUUGAUGCAAACUCAAAUACUAUUAGCUAUAUGAAUAUGAAAGAAAUGAAUACCGAUUUAAUAAAUUCAAAAAGAUUGAAGCACAUGGGUAAAGGUAAUAGAGUAAAUAUGGAUGAUACACUAGAUACCAGUAUUAUGUUUGAUGAUGAUUAUACAACCAAUGAAAUAGAAAAUAAAAAAAAUAUAAAUCUCAAUACUAGUUCAAACAUGAUUAGAAGUAAUGGCCAAAAUUUUAAUUCAAACUUAAAUGGCAAAAAUAAAAUUCAUGAUGAUGAUGAUGAUAAUGAUAUGAUAUCUCAUGAUGAAACUAAAUAUAAUAGACGAAUAAAUAAAACAGGAAAUAGCUCAUAUAUUUUAAGAAAAGAUAGUGCUUGUGAUAGUAAAAAUAAUAAUGUAUUAUGGCGAAGUGCUGAUGAGACAAGUGCACAAAUGGAAAUGGGGUAUAACGAAAAAAUAAGUAAUACUUCUGUAAAUAAAUAUAAAGGUGGAAAUAAUAAAGAUGAUGAUGAACAAUUCGAACGAAGUAUAUUAUUUAAAAGCAAAAGUUAUAGUGAAAAAGUCAAACUUGCAAAUCUUUAUUUAAACAAAAAAUCAUCUGUUUUCUCUGAAUUUAAUGAUGAUAAGUACGAGCAAGAAAAUACAAAAAAGAAACAUAAAUUACAAAAUACAAAUUAUAUUCAUAAUAAUGAUAGUAAAUUUUUAUUAAAUAGAACAAAAAGUCUAAAUAUGAAUCUAAAUAUAUCAACAAAUGAUCAAGAAGAAUAUGAUACUAAACAAAAUGGAGACGAUAAUCAUAUUAAUUCCUAUUCUAGUAGAGAAAAUAAUAGAGAUGAUGGCAUGAUUAAUGUUACUGAAGAACAUAUGUUAAAUUCAAACCCUCUUGCAUCUGAACCCCCAUUAAAUGAAAUGCGUAAUUUAUCAAAAGUAGGAAGUAGAAAAAAAUAUGGUUUAAUUACAAAGGUCGAAAAAGAAUGUAAUGAAAACGAUGAUCAAGAUAUUGGAAUGUCAAAUGAAUUGUCAAACACAAUCCAUGGAAAUAUUAUCAACGACCUAAAUGAUGAGGUGCAUAAUGAUACAAAUAACGACCCAAUGAAUGAUAAUAUAAAUGAAGUACAUAAUGUCAUGGGAAGUAAUAAAACAAGUAGUAGUAUUUCUAAUGGAAGAUCUAGCAAUAUUAUUUCAAGUUCCAAACCCCCAAUUGAUAUAAAUGUGUGCACAUUGGCUAAUUGCCCAACGCAUAACCCACAAGGUUAUACUAAAACUUUAUCAAAAAAAGGAGAUGGCCAAGGAGAUGGACAGGAAGAAAGUGAAGAAUUGAAAAGAAUACCAGGAGUAUAUUAUGAUAAAAAUUCACAAAGAUGGUUUGGUGAACAUAAAAUAAAUGGCGUUAAAUGUGCUCAGAGUUUUGCUGUGAAAAAACAUGGAUGUGAAGAAGCAAAAAGAUUAGCUAUUGAAUGGAAAAAGGCUAGAAUUAGAGGAGAAGCGUGGGAUAAAUUUGUAAAUAAAAAGAAAAAGAGCAAUAAUAAUGCUAGUUGCAUAAACAAAGCAGCAAAAACUAAUAGGGAAUCAGUAGAAGAAUUAAGAAUAAAAUAUUUAUCUAUGAGUAAAAAUAUGCCAAAAGUUAGAGGAGUAUGGUUUAAUUCAACACCACAAAGAAUGGGAUGGGUUGGACAAGCAUAUAAAAAAUGUAAAAGAAUCGAAAGAAUUUUUUCAGUUAAUAAGUAUGGAUUUGAAGGGGCACGAAAAUUAGCUAUAGCAUUUAGAAAUUCACAAAAACCAUCUAAUGAAGAUAGUGAUGAAGAUAGCUCAUCAAAAGAUGAUAAAGGAAUGCCUAAAAAUGAAGAUAACAUGAAUAAUUAUGAUUACAAAAAUAAUUACUCUAAUGAUAUAAAUGAUAUGAAUCAUGAUAAUAAUACUCAUGGUAAUAACAUUGCUGCUAUGUCUACUGCUGAUACAACUUCAAGUAAUCAUAAUAAAAACGAAGAUGAUUAUGAUGAUGAUAAUAUGAAUUGCAAUGGGGAUAAUAUAAAAAAUUCUGGCACAAUAGAUACAAGAAUAAAUUUAUGUAGAGAUGCUAUAUUAUUUAUUUUACACGAUUUAGAAACAAUAUUAGAAUUAGACACGCCUAUGUUAAAUAAAAAUGCGAAUAUAUAUAAAGCAUGCAUAAAGCACCAUUUAAAUUAUUUAACAUUAAUAAAACAUGAAGAACAAAUUAUUCCAUAUUUAAACGUUUUUGGGGAUUAUAUACAAAAAUGUAUUUUACCAACUGAUUUACCAUAUGCUGAACUUUAUGUUCUCAUUGAUUCAUUAAUUCAUAGUGAUAUAUUACCUUCAUUUGAUCAUAAAGAAAAAUUUUCCGAAUAUUCAGUUGCCGAAGAUCCGGGAAUCAUAACUCCAUCAAUGUUGUUAUGA